AGAAUUUAGCCCACACAAAUGGGUGAAUAUCGGUAUGAUCUGCAGCCGAUAACAGUUCUUGGCUCAUCAAUCGGAACUACAAAUUUCAUCUCUUUAAUGGCUCAUCCAUGGUGAACUGAAUCCUUCUCUCUUGAUUCAGAAUCUCAAGUCUCCAUUAUUCCGGCACUCAUUCCCCUUGGAUUACGAUUUUCUAAGAAAAUCCGAUUCAGAAAUGUCCAAAUGCUGCGAUUGCAGAGCCUCUCCUGUCUCUCUAGCUUCAGAAUGUGUACUGAAUCUGGAUUCUUGAACUAGCUGUAUAAUGGUUCCAUGUCUUUCAUCUACGCAUGACGUUUUUGCGACCACGAAUUUACUCCUGAGCUCAAGAGGUAACAUCGGAGCGAAGAAGGCUCUCUUCUUACUUCAGAACUGCAAGAACUUCAAACACCUCAGGCAAAUCCAUGCCAAGAUCAUUCGUAGUGCCAUUUCUAACGAUCAAUUACUUACUAGGAAACUGAUUCAUCUCUACUCUUCCCAUGGAAGAAUAGCGUAUGCGAUUUUUCUAUUUCAUCAAAUUCAGAAUCCUUGCACGUUUACUUGGAAUCUGAUAAUCAGAGCCAACACUAUCAACGGCCUCUCUGAACAAGCCCUAAUGUUGUACAAGAACAUGGUAUGUCAAGGAAUUGCAGCCGAUAAGUUUACAUUUCCAUUUGUCAUCAAAGCUUGUACGACUUCCUUUGCCAUUGACAUUGGAAGAGUGAUUCAUGCGUCUUUAAUCAAAUACGGAUUUUCAGGGGAUACAUUUGUGCAGAACAAUCUGAUUGAUUUUUACUUCAAGUGUGGACAUAAACGUUGUGCACUGAAGGUGUUCGAGAAAAUGCGUGUUUGCAAUGUGGUGUCAUGGACGACCAUGAUAUCAGGGCUGGUCUCUUGUGGUGAUGUACAGGCAGCGAGAAGGAUUUUCGAUGAGAUGCCAUGUAAAAACGUUGUUUCAUGGACAGCAAUGAUCAAUGGAUAUAUUAGGAAUCAAAAUCCUGAAGAAGCUCUUGAACUAUUCAAGAGAAUGCAGGCUGAGAACAUUUGCCCAAAUGAGUAUACGAUGGUGAGCUUGAUCAAAGCAUGUACUGAAAUGGGAAUCCUAAGUCUUGGUCGAGGGAUUCAUGACUAUGCCAUCAACAAUGGUUUCGAAAUCGGUGUUUAUCUCGGGACAGCUCUGAUUGACAUGUACAGCAAAUGUGGUAGUAUAAAGGACGCAAUAGAAGUUUUCAAGACGAUGCCCGGAAAAAGCUUGCCGACAUGGAACUCGAUGAUCACUAGCUUAGGGGUACAUGGAUUGGGGCAGGAAGCUCUCAAUCUUUUCAGUGAGAUGGAAAGGGUAAAUGUGAAGCCUGAUGCAAUCACUUUCGUGGGCGUUUUAUGUGCUUGUGUACAUAUGAAGAAUGUAGAGGCAGGCUGUGCUUACUUCAAACGAAUGGCACAACAUUAUGGUAUUGCACCAAUUCCUGAGCAUUACAAGUGCAUGGCUGAGCUAUAUGCUCGGGACGAAGCCUUCGAAUCAACAAAAGCGAUGUCGAUGGAACCCGAUUCGGGUUCCUUGGCUUUACUCGGGGUGAUCGAGAACGCCGAUGGUACUGAUAAGGAGUAGAGAAAUAUGCAAAUGCAGGAGGGAGGUCGCAAGCUUGGCCAGCGGCAGCCAGCCCUUCUCUUUGUUUUGAUGCCAGAGCUAAGCAGGUGCGCAUCUUGUGUUGAAUAUUUUGAGCUUACUACUUGCUUUUGACUGUCAUUUCAAUAUGUAUACCCUGUUGAUUUUUAUGAAUUUCAAAUUGUUUAUAGCAAAAUCAGUGUAAUUGCCUGGAA